GUCCAUCAGCUGUCUCCCAAGGUUCCGCGGUAGCACCAAUGACAGGCACUGUUGUAAAGGUUUUCGUGGAGCCAGGACAGACGGUCAAAGAGGGCGAGACGCUAGUUGUCAUGGAAGCUAUGAAAAUGGAGCACGUAAUUCGGGCCCCGAAAUCUGGUGUGAUUGAAAAAGUGUUGUACUCUUCUGGCCAAGCUGUGAACAGGCAUGCGCAGCUAGUACAAUUCCAGGAACAGGGAGAGGAACAAAAAUCUGAAGACGACGACGAGGAAGGGCCUGAGGCCGAGUGAAAAAAAUUGACAUCGCGCGGACUGGCCUGGUGGCUGGUUACGAUUGCUAGAGGCAACUCCAAAGUUAAUAUUGCGUUACAAAGAUUUGAAUCACCGAAUUGCGGCUGUGGUCAUCAAUUUGAUGAGACAGAUAGAUGAGAAGUACUAUAAAUUCCUCGUUUUCUUUCAACGGAGUUCUGCAAUAUCGCAGUGGGAAAGCUUUGUUAUUUCGAGGGAAGUGAUCAAUUUGUCACACAAUACAACAAAGUCACGGUUACCGUGUCGCCUCUUUCGAGUGUGUACCGUAAGUAGACUGGGGCGAAUAUGCGGUGCGAGGCAUUGGAACUUGCAAUUACUUAAAAAAUUUUAAUCUAAGAAGACCAGAGUAGGUUAUUGCUCUCGGUGUGUAUUUUAAACAAGCAGUGCUCCUAAAGGAAAUCUGAAUCAAAGAAGAAAACCUAUAUUUUUAAUGGUAAUGUAUUUUAAACUGCAACUUAACUUUCAUUUCUUGUGCGAAAUAUUGACAUGAAUAUACAAAUGUAAGCAAAAUUAUUUUCCUAUUCAAUCAAAUGUUGGCUCUAGCUUAUCCGUCAAAAACGUGCAUUGAACAAGACAAGUUACAUUUGGCAUAUUGGUAUCGGAACUGGGUGGAGUUUGUUGCAAAAACUCAGAGGAUAACGUGUGAUUGAUUAAAACAAUUGGGAAGCUUCUUAAUUUUACAUCGCAAGAAAUUGUUCAAAAUAUAAUCUGAAGUGAAAUCCGAAUUGCGACACUGAAAUGCAGCUGAGUGUUAUCUCUUGUAAUAUCGUAUACGAGAAGAUGAAGUAAAUGAUUAACUUGCGAAGUGUCAUUUAAGAAUGAUUUCUCCGAAAUAAAAACCGGAUAAAAGCA